CCAUGGCCAAGGUGCGGGAGAAGGUGGCGGCGCUGAACCUCUCGGCUCUCCAACGCCCCGCGCAGAGGCCCCCCGGUUUCAGUUUGGCCCAGAAGCCAUUUGGAGCCACAUAUGUAUGGAGCAGCAUUAUAAACGCCCUUCAGACACAAGUGGAAGUGAAAAAACGAAGGCACCACUUAAAACGGCACAAUGACUGCUUUGUUGGCUCAGAAGCUGUGGAUGUCAUUUUUUCUCAUCUAAUUCAGAAUAAGUAUUUUGGGGAUGUAGAUAUUCCUCGGGCCAAAGUGGUGAGAGUGUGUCAAGCACUUAUGGACUACAAAGUAUUUGAAGCUGUUCCCACCAGAGUUUUUGGAAAAGACAAGAAACCUACAUUUGAAGAUAGCAGUUGCAGCCUUUAUAGAUUCACAACGAUCCCUAACCAAGACAGCCAGUUAGGCAAAGAGAACAAACACCACUCACUUUCUGGGUACACAAAUGCUUUAUUUAAGUCCUCUGACAUCAAAUCAGCAAGUUUAGAGGAUCUGUGGGAAAAUCUAAGUUUAAAGCCAGCUGACUCCCCUCAUGUCGAUCUCUCUACAACCUUGUCUCCAGAAGUUAUUAAUGAAGUAUGGCAAGAAGAAACAAUUGGGCGUCUACUACAACUUGUAGACCUUUCACUUCUUGACUCCUUACUCAAACAGCAAGAGGUUGUAUCUAAAGUUCCUCAACCUAAGAGAAAGCCUGACUUGAUCUACAACAGUAGCUAUCUGGAUCGAGGGAUUCUCAAGGCUUAUAGUGAUUCUCAGGAAGAUGAAUGGCUCUCUGCAGCAGUUGACUGCUUGGAAUACCUUCCAGACCAAAUGGUGGUGGACAUAAGCAGGAACUUUCCUGAGGAACCGGAUAGAACAGAUACAGUGAAAGAACUUCUGUUUGAUGCCAUUGGCAAAUAUUAUAGUAGUAGGGAACCUCUAUUAAAUCACUUAUGUGAUGUUCAUAAUGGAAUUGCAGAACUCUUAGUUAAUGGAAAGACUGAAACAGCAUUGGAAGCUACUCAGCUCUUUCUAAAGCUUUUGGAUUCCUCAAACAGAGAAGAAUUUAGAAGACUCCUGUAUUUCAUGGCUGUUGCAGCACAUCCUUCUGAGUUUAAAUUACAGAAAGAAAGUGACAACCGGAUGGUUGUGAAACGGAUAUUUUCAAAAGCUAUUGUUGACAAUAAAAGCUUAUCCAAAGGCAAGACUGACCUCCUCGUACUCUUUUUAAUAGAUCAUCAAAAGGAUGUUUUUAAGAUUCCUGCAACUCUACAUAAAAUUGUCAGUAUUAAGCUUAUGGCCAUACAAGAAGGAAGAGAUCCAAAGAGUGAGACAGGAUAUAUUUACUGCCAGAGGAUUGAGCAAAGUGACUAUCCCAGCAGUACACAGAAGACGACCAAAGAGGAGCUGUUGAAUUUACUAAAAACCAUCAAUGAGGAUUCAAAACUCUCUGCAAAAGAGAAGAAGAAGCUGCUCAGUCAGUUCUAUAAGUGUCAUCCAAACAUCUUCACUGAAUAUUUUGGAACUUGAGUUUUUCAUAUGUGUAGUUGUCUAAAAUGUAUAUAACUUAUGUAUUUUAAGAAUAAAUUACGUAUCCUAAAGACAUAUUUAGGUUUGUAAGGUUGAUGUUUUUCUGAAUAUGAAAUUGUACUUAAUAAAUUUUUUUUU